AUGAAAAAGAAUGGGAUUAACAGCAGCUAGGGACCUGUAAAUGGUUCGGAAAGAUCGAGUUAUCACCACCCUGGGUCGAGCCAGUAGGAUCGUCGGUGCGACAACUGCAAGUACAAAGUGGCUCUUAACGAAUGCCAGCAGUUUAAAUGCAAAGACUGCGGCACUUAUAUCAUUUGUGACUAUUGCUAUGAAGAGUAUAUGGAAAAAAAUGAACUUAGCGAGUCACAGUACGAGGCUGUCAAUGCGCUUUCGGCAAAUGAUAAGAAAAAAGAUCAUAAUGCACUAAUAUGCGUGAAAACAUUGAAGAGUUUUGGGUUUAUUCCACCUAAGGGCAGCAAUAAAAUACUUAUCAGCACUCUAUCAAAAGAAAAAAUAAAAAAACUAGCAAACCUGAGGGUUAUUUAAAAAACUUUAGUUUACGUGAUCGGUAUCGCACCAGAGAUAGCCUCUGAGGAUAUUUUAAAAGCCCCUGAGUAUUUCGGACAAUAUGGAGAUCUAACAAAAGUAGUGGUAAAUACUAACAAUGUCUACAAUGCCACAAGGGGAGGCCCUUCAUAUUCAGCAUAUCUGACUUACUCACAUCCUAGAGAAAGUGCCAUUGCUAUUUUGGCUGUAGACUAGCACUAGCUACACGAGAGAGUUCUCAGAGCUUCUUUCGGCACUUCAAAAUUCUGUCAGUUUUUUAUGAACGGCUAAAAGUGUACUAAUAAAGACUGCCUGUAUUUGCAUGAGAUUAAAGUAGAUCUUGAAGCUUAUACCAAGGAAGACAUGCAAAAUAAUAAAUUCAUUUUCUAGGAACAACAAAAAAUUGCUAUCAAAUUAUCAAGAGCUCUUGAGUUUACAAUUGAAGAAUUCAGAGACUACAACAGACAAAAUAACAAGAACCUGCCUCCAGAGCAUGUUAAGUUUGAACCCAAACUUCCAUCUCCAGACACUAUAUAUUACAAAGACUUCCACUUCCUAGAUGAACCACUUAUUCACAGAAAAUACAUCAGACCUAAUAAUAGCUCAUAAACGAAUAACAACAGUAAUACGAAUGGAAGUGUAAAUAAUGACUCCAAGUUGAAUGGCUCUUCAAGUUCAAACCAAUAAACAUCAACCUCUGUGCCUUUGAGUAGUUCAGGCACUGGAAAUCUAUUGGUUGACCCCUUAUCAAGUCAAAACCUGGGAGGAACCCUAAUGACUCUAAGCAAUUAAAAGGACCUGAACAACCAGACUGAUAGGAAUUAAUCGAAAAAUAGAAUAAUUCCAUCAGUUUCAAAUAGCAAUAAUACUAAUUUAAAUAAUAAUUCAUCUGGCAUUAAUAAUAAUCAAUAAAAAAGCAAUAAUUAUAAGGACUAAAACACUAAUAGAUUAAUUGCUUCAAAUAAUAAUGAAACAGUGAGUGCAAGUGAUACCUCUGAUGAAGAAACUAAAAGAAGGUAGAUUGAAGCUAUAGAGGAGAUUGUAGAGGGUAAACGAUCGUAACCAAGCUAGGUUUAAUUGAAUUCCUAGUUAAAUGGAAAGGCAAGCUAUCAAAAGAAGGUUCCAGGAAAAAAUCUAUCAAUUGAUAACACUGCGUCAGAUAGUCUUCCAAUACUCACUCAAGCUAAACUAGAAACCCCCAAAGAGUCUAAUGCUAUGACCAGCACUCGCAAGAUCUUUGACUUGUCAGCCUAAAACGCAAAGAACAAGGAAAAUUUAGACGGCAUUUAAAAUGAAACAGUUCCUACUCUGAACAAACAAAGCAGCUACCAAGGAGCUUUAAUAAAUUCACUGGAUUAAUUAGUCCUGGCUUAGGUAAACAAUAAGAAAGUAAGUGAUGUGUCCACAAUAAGUAAGACUCCUCCACACAAUGAUAAUCAGUUCAUGAUGCAAGUAGCCUCGUACAUAAUCAGUCCAAUGCUCUUCAGGAAAAAGCAAGAGAGUAGAUUCCAGUUCGCACAUAGCGUGGAUCCUAUCAAGCCGAACGCUGAUGACUGGGAUGAAAUAGAGGUACCUGCUAAGAUAUAGGACCUGAUAGAGAGGAAUAUAAGGACGCUAAGCAACAGUCUAAGCAGUAAGAGUGAGGUAUAUCAUGAGGUCGCUCUUGAGAUUAAAGAUCUUAGGGAAAAAUGGCUUACCAAGUAGGAAAAGUUACUAGAGAAUUAAGACCAGUUGAGAAAUAGAAAAAAUGAUCUACAUGAUAUGUCUUCGCUAGAGGAUAAUAGAUUGCUGAAGUUUAAAUAGAAAAAGACUGAUGGGUAGACUGCGUAAGUAGACAGCUAAGGGAAAUAGAUAUAUAAUCUAACAGAGCACUCGCAAAAUAUCAGAGUUAAAAUCAGUAGAUAAAAUAGUAAAGAGAAUCUUUAGUAGUAAGAUGGAAAUAAAAACCAAUAAAUGCCAUCAUAAAAUAACUAACAGUAAUAGUAAGAAGAAUAAACGGUAGUAGAAAAUAGCAGUAAUAGUGCUACUUUUGAAGAUGGUAAAUCCUCAUCAAGGACUUCUUCAUUGGUAUAGCAAGCCAGAGGUACCGUAGCCAGCAAUAAAUAAGUCAAAAGAAGGAGAAAGGAGGAAAAGAGAUCAGAUCUACAUAGCAUAAAUAAUAAAGGUAGAAACUGA